CGUCGCUCCUACCGCGUAUUGUGGAGUACACAAUUAGUGAGUGAAAUUCAUACCCCGCGGAGGGCCGUAAACAACAGUAUAGAAUGACGCUUUGUUGUGAAUUUUCAUUUCCUUGUGGGCAUAUCUACGUUUUUUCAGCCUGCAAGGAAGCAUUUUAACGCCAUGCCGUCGCCCUUUGCAUGCCUCGUAACGUUCCUUGUGACGUCUGUGUCUCUGUGCUCUGGUCAGUCGGUCUGUAAACCACCGUCAGACGAGAAAUGUGUGUGUAAUUGUAACCCAGUGGUGACUUACGGGAACGACAACGCGCUGAAAUCAGAACUAGAACAGCUGAAAGUCGCCAUCAUCGAACUCUCACAGACAAGGGAAGAUUCCUCCAAAGGCAAUAAAAACGAUACGGAAGCCGACAAGCCCCUAGACUGUCAGGACAUCCUCGACAACGACGAGACCACGCCCAGCGGCGUGUACAUGGUUUAUCCACGGGACAACCUGGGCGGCUUCCUGGUCUUCUGUGAUAUGGACACGGACUCAUCAAAUGAGGUUGUCUGCAGACGUUUCACAGACGCUCACAGCUGUGCGCUGAGAGUCCUGUCCCUCUUGACAGUCACUUGA